AUGCUCGCAUCGACAUCAACAGCAUCGACCGCACUCCUCUGCUCACCUACCACUGAAGGUCUGAAGCACCUCUACCGAACUAUCCUGCAGCAAGCGCGUCUGCUGUCCGUCACCCUGAACGAUCCGGUGCUCUACACAUCGCACCGUUUCUUGGCUCGUAAAAAUCUCGAACCUCUCCUUUCAUCCGGAACUCUUCCGCUCGAGCAACAACCGCAAUGGCCACCUUCUACAGCCUUCAAGAAGCUCCGUCGAUCGCAAACACAUCGACGUCACCUAGCAGAUGCAAACUUCGGCUGGCCACACAGCGUCCACCGUGCACUAUCCCUUGCCUACGCUCGUUCCGGGAAGCUUCGCCGUGAUGUGCUCACCGAUCUCACCGCUCAGUCCGCCUCCGCGUUUCAGGGAAAGAAGAGGGUGGUCUCUUCUCCCAUACUGCGAUCCUUGCUCACCAGUCAAGGCAGCAUGAACGGUGCAACGGUCAAGAAUCGCGAGCAUCUGACGGGAAGACCUCCACCUCCUUUCCUGCCUGCCAUGGAUGAUCCACUAGUCAAGUACUUUGGGAAAGCAGUGAGCAGGAAGAGGGUAGAAAAUGCAAGGGGCAAGUUCUUGAAGACAUAUUUGAGGAAGGUGCGGGUUCCGGUAGAUGUGAUAGUGGCAGGUGGUGGUGAAGGCACAGAGGAGGGGUUGUGGAAGUGGUUGGAGGAAAAAGCCAGACCGCCUGCUGGACAGACCACCCUUUCACGCAACAGUGUAGGGAGAGACAGAGCGAAGAGUGCCGAUCAGCCAUUUCACCAUACUGCCAGGCUCAAAGUCGACACCUACCGAUCAAACUUCAACACCUCUGCACAUCGCAGUCGCGGGCUUCGAGUCCACGGCUGGGCGUCUCACCCAGUAGAUUUCUCUCAUCCACGCAAGCUACGUCGACUCUACGCGGAUCUGCUCGACGAAACACCGCUGCUUUUCGUCGAGUCUUCCCUGCCUCAGUCGCAGCCUUCAACGGCGUUGGAGCCAAGCAAGAACGACCCAUUGGGAAUUCGAGCCAAGCUGAGCCAAACGACGAAGCCGACCGGAGGAAACGAGGUGAAGUUCAAGGUGGUCAGAUCGAGAUAUUCUGUCGGGCCAAAGAUGCGCGGUGUUGAUGUCAUGCCCAGAAGGAUCAGUGGUGAGGUUGGUGCGGUAGGGGAGAUAGACAACGUCAAGGAGCGGUUACAUGCUUCGGAGAUUGCGUUCUUGACCAGACAGGGUUUGCUGUAG